AUGGAAAGACCAUUGUGGGUACGUUGGUUGAAAGUUUAUGCAAUUGGUGGCGCCAUCAUUGGAAGUGGUUUUCUACUUUUUAAGUAUACAACGCCAACUGAUCAACAAUUAAUCAGCCAGCUUUCCCCAGAAUUACGUUUACAAUAUGAGAGAGAGAGAAAGCUACGUCAGUCAGAGCAGCAGGCUUUAAUGAAGAUUGUUAAAGAAACUUCUCAAAGUGACGAUCCUAUUUGGAAGACGGGUCCCCUUCAAUCACCAUGGGAAAGGAAUGGCGAUAACGUUCAAAGCAGGGACCAUUUUGCUAAAGUAAGGGCAGAGGAGGUUCAAAAGGAAGAGUUAGCUAGAAUUAGAAAUGAAUUGUCUCAGCUGAGAUCUGAAACCGAGAAGAAAACAAAGGAAAUAGUCCAGGAUAAGCAAGGUAAAAGUUGGUGGCGCUUCUGGUAG